AGGACCUACUAAUCUACCACUACUACCAUCUACUACUUAGGAUGAUUGUCAUGACUGUAGAUGAGAUCAGCAAUACAGGCAAUACAGCUAGGAGUCACACUAGUAACAUCCAACCUAGAAAAAGCCGAGUACCAGGUCUAAAUCUUCUGCGGGAGAUUCUGAACCCGGAUACGCCGGACUCGUGCCGCGGCCGACCACUGGGUAAGAUCUCACGCGCGGCCGAUGGCCGAUUCGUGGUGGCGGACUCGGUCCUCAGCUCGGCGAACAACAGCAUCCUGGACGCUUCGAGCAGCGACGAUGGUGGAUUCCUGCCGAAGCAGCGGCUCAAGUCUUCCUGGCGGCGGCCGCUCGUCGGUACCAGCCAACUCAGCCUCAGGUCCGACGGUAGCGGUGUCUCGAUCGGAGGUCUACCGUCCAUUCAUCAUCAUCACGGGACGGUGAACUCGUUGGCCAGGAUAGCGCCGACAAUCUGCACGAUCUCGUCGCCCAGGUUCUUGGCCAGUUCACCGAGCGGGCCGCAGGUACCCUGGACGCCUUUGUACUUCAGCGAUCUCAGCUCGGUCAGGCAACCAUCCUCUGGAGAACGUUCUUUUCCGACGCCGCCCGAUUACCUUCAGCUUCGUAGCGUGCACCAGCGAUACAGCCAGGAGCUUCCCUCGUUGAAAGCGAUCCAUGCCGAGUCCAGGAGGUUCGUGCCGGUUCAACCGUUGGCCACUUCCUCGCCGCCUCAGUCGGCCGGUAGGUCGAGGGCGAGGUUACCUCCUAGACACGCAAGGCACGCGAGGUCCGCUCCGGAGCUGGCCGCGUCUCCAGAUCUGGAGACAUCGCCGGAGAGUAGGUCUAGCAGCUCGGGUUUCGCCAGCAAGAAUACCUCGCAGCAGAAUCAAAGUUCAAGGAGCGGUAGUACUGUGGCCGAGUGGAGGCCACCGCCUUACAGGCCGCCCCCGCCGCCUCUGGUCGGCCGGUGGUUGGAGCUUCAGGAUCAAGCAAAAGUCGAGCACACGCAUAUCCAGAACGCCGUGGACGCCGGCAGCGUCGACGGGCACUACGAGUUCGAUCCUGUCUCGUGUACACCGACCCCUACGUCCGCCUCUACUCCGACCAGAGAGGAGAGGCCGCCGGUGCACCAGAUUCACACCAUUCACGUACCACACAUUCACCAGGUGCACACGAUUCAUCAUCAGGCGCCGAGGUACAGCAGGGACAACAUCGAGGCCAGAGUACAAGCGAUGAAGGCCGAGUUCCAUCAGUUUCGACAGCGGCAAGCGAGGAGAAGACAGAGCGCGCAUCUCGAGAGCGCCUGUUGAGACGGCACUGUUCACUAGUAACUAAGCUACAUCAUUGGAUUUCCACACAGUUCGAUCAUUGGAUAUCUGCUCCGAUUCGUUGCUUCUUCGCCUCUCUUCCUUUCCUCUUCCAUUAUUGUGGUCCUCUCUCUCUCUCUCUCUCU